AUUAAAUGCAAAAAAUUAUAAAUUUGUAUAGAUAAUAUGAUGAUCCAGAAUUAGAGAUAGACCUUUAUACAUAAGCAAGAAAGGUAAAUAUAUAUAAGAAGAAAGAGCUUGAAAACACUUAAAAAUUAAAGUUUAGAAUUAUAUGUUGUAUCAAAAUAAUGGCUUCGUUAGUGGAAAUAUUAUGUAGAGUAUAUUUAAGGGAUUGCUCCUUAUGAAAGAAGAGAAAAGGUAUUAGAUUCAUUGAUUAAUUAGCCUGGAGCAUUAAAUAGUGAAUUAAAAUCAGAUGAGAAUUUUCUAUUUAAAUAUCCAGGAGAGCAUCCUUUUAACUAGAAAAUCAUAAAAUUAUAGCCAGAAGAUUAUGUCUUAGUAAAAUAUCAAUAUAAAUAAUUAAAGGUUAAUAAACAAAUUAUUAAUUUGUGGAGUGCUCGAUAUAAUGCAGAUUUGAUUAUAUUAAAAUAGGUACGUUUUAAUUCGUAAGGUAUUGCUUCAUUAAAUGUAAAUUUAUUAAGAGUAAAUCUCAUUAUUAGUUAUAAAUUAGCAAUCUGUAUAUAUAAAUAUAUAAACUCCAAAAAGAGGAAUACUUUAAGUAGAUGAAGGUUGCAUUAUAAAAAUGUGGAUAAAGUUAUUAAUUGCAGCUAUAAAAAAUGAAUUCAAAAUAAAUGUUGAUAAUAUAAGAUUAUGGAAACACAAAUAUUAUUAAGCUGAUUAUGCAGUUAAAUAGUUGGAAGAGUAUUAGGGACGAUUUAAUGGAGAAAUUUUAGAUGAAAAUCUAACUGUUGGUUAAUAUAAAGCUGAUUUAAUUAUUAUAGAUAUUUAAUUAAAUGGAAAAUGGUAAUAUGAUUAAUUAGAUGUUAAAGUAUUAUUUAUUCUAAUUAUAGUUAGCAUGCUCUGCAUAAUUUAAAUAUUUAUAUGAGAGAGCAUAAAAAGGAUGUGGUAAAUUUUUAUGUAAUAAAAAUUAUUGUAUGAGUAAUCCAAGUUUUGCAUAAAUAGGAUUUGAUAAAAAAAUGCUUUAAAAUUUUCUUAUUGAAUAAUUUAGAGAUGAUGCGAUUGAUUGGACAAAUGUAUGCUGGAAUUAGGUUAUAGAAUAAAAACCUAUUUAAUAAUUAGAAGGAGAUAUAGUUGUUGCUAUGAGUGCAUUAUCUAAUUUUCCAAAUAGUUUUGGAGCAUCUUUCAUUCAAAAUUUUAAUAAUUGUUUUGAUAUAAUUAAUUACAAUAAUCCAAAUCCAGAGUUGAAUUUUUAAGUUAUUAAAUAAGUUAAUGAAGUAAUAAAUUAAAAAAUUUUUGUUUAAUGGAUUGAAAAUCUAGCUUCAAACAAAAAUGAAAACAUUUAUUUUGUUAGAUCAAUAAUUAUCAUUAUGCAUUUUAAAUACUUUAAUGAUAUAUUGAAUUAAGAAAAAAAUCCAAUUCUAGAAACUUUUUUGACUUUAAAUAAUUAAGAUAAAGAGCUAUUGUCAAAAUAUUUAACUAUUUUACCUGAUGAAUUAUAUAUAAGAUACAUUUAAACAAUCGUGGAAACUUUGGGAAUUUUCUUAAAAUAAUAAUCAAAAAAAUAAAUUUAAUUAUUGAAAAAAACAGAAAUUUAAUUUGUUAAGUAGAUGUUAGAAUUUCUGUAGGUAUUUUAUAAAUCUAAUAUGAUUGUUAAAAGAUUAAAUCCAAUAAAAUUUUAAAUAGCAGAAAUUUCUAAAUUAUAUCCAAAAUAUGGUGAUUAAUUGGAAUAUUUUUAAUUUGAUAGUUAUAUAAAAAAUGAUUUAGAAAAAUAUUAUUUUACAUUUUGUCAAUAUCCAUGGGUUAUACCUUUAGAAUUUAGAAGUGAAAUAUUAGCAAUUGAUUCUAGAAUGAAUUAAAAAAGUUAAUUUGAACGUUUAUUAACAUUUUAACCAUAUUUAAAGUUAUCAAUAGAUCGUGUUGAUGUUGUUAAAAGUGCAUUAGAAGCAUUAUCAAAAGAUAAUAUUAAUUUAAAGGCUAAACUUCAAAUAGUUUUUUAAGGAGAAUAAGGAAUUGAUCAAGGUGGAUUAGCAAGAGAAUUUUUCUCUUUGUUAACACAAAAGUUAUUUGAUUUAAAUUUUGGAAUGUUUGUUCCAAAAAAUAAUAACACUAUAUUAUGGUUUAAUAAAUAUAAUAUGGAAAUGCCAAUAAAAUAUGAAUUAAUAGGAAUGAUUUUAGGAUUGGCAUUAUAUAAUCAAGGUAUAAAUUAAAAUUUAAUUAGUUUAUUUGGAUCUAUAAUUUCCAUAAGUUGUUUUUAAGAAAUUAAUGAAUGAACCUACAUGUUUUGAAGAUCUAAAAGAGUUAGAUUUAGAUCUAUAUAAAGGUCUAAAUACACUUGAUGAAUAUCAAUAAGAUAAUAUUGAAGAGACUUUUGGUCUAAAUUUUACUAUAAAUGAAAUAGCAUGGGAUAAUAUCACUACAAUUGAAUUACUUGUAUGGAUUUUUUUUUUAAAUUAAUUUAGCCUAAUGGAGCUCAGAUAUUAGUAACUUAAAAAAAUAAACAUGAGUAUAUUAGAUUAUGCACCAACUAUUAUUUGAAUGAGUCAAUCUAAAUUCCUUUCAAUUCUUUUUAAAAAGGAUUUUGGAAAGUUGUAGAAGGAAAUGGAAUUAAAUUAUUUUCAGGAUCUGAAUUAUAAUAAUUAAUUGUUGGAUAAUAACACUUUAAUCUCUAAGAAUUAGAGGAUUCUACAGGAUAUGAUGGAUUUGAUAAGAAUUCUGAAUAUAUAAAGUAAUAUUACAUAAACAACUUAUUUUAGAUCCUUUUGGGCAUUUUUACAUUCAUUAAAUGAAGAUUAAUAGAAAAGAUUUUUAUUUUUUUGCACUGGUUCAGAUAGAAUUCCUGUUGGUGGAUUGAAAUCUUUAAAAUUUUUAAUUUAGAAACAUGGAGAAAGUAUUAUUUAUUUUUCUUAUUUUAGAUUCUGAAUAAUUGCCAUCAGCUCAUACAUGUUUCAACGUAUUUUUAUUGCCUUAGUAUAAUUCAAUAGAGAAAAUGAUAAUGAAACUUUAAAUUGCUUUGUAAAAUUGUGAAGGAUUUGGUUUAAUGUGAUCUUUGUUAGGU